GACUGGUUGUACUGAAGCACAAUGCAACGUGAAGAGUCGGUUGCAGGUUCAUCGACUGAUGGCCACAAUGAAUUGGAUUUUAAAUGUUUAUUAUUGAUAAUAUAUUUAUAGAAAAUAGGCCAGCUGUCGACGCUGGUCAUAAACGGAGACUAUAAUUCCAAGAGGGGUGUGAAUCGUAUUAGCUUGUUUGUAUGUGGCAAUAACCGGGUAAAUAAGCUAGCUAACGUUAGCAAUGGUUCUAAUGAUGGAAUCGCAAUGCGAGUAUUUUAUGUAUUUCCCUGCUGUUCCCAUCACGGACCUUUCCGACCCGUCAAAAUACCGAACUCUCCCCCGUCGCAGUCACCUCUAUCUCGGUGAGACCGUGCAGUUCUUUUUGGUCCUGCGGUCCAGAGAUGAAAGGUCAGGUUCGGACGGGACAAAGGGAAACGGGGAUAGUGACUGCGGUACCCGGGCUUGGAAGGAGCUGGUAGGGUCCCUCUCCGCUGUAGCAAGUGUGUGCCCUGGCGAGAACCGACAUCGCUCCCAACUUCACCCCCACGAGUUCCAGAGAAGCUACAGCGACGACGGUGCAGACGAGGACCCCGACGAGGUCGACUUUGCUGCGGGUACAGCCCAUAUAGGCAGAAGGGAGUCCAGGAACCGAGGCUUCAGAGAAUGCAAGCCGCUUCUCAUUCACAAUAACACGGGGAGUGAUGGGCGGCAGUAUCGGCGGGCACCGAUGCAGUCACCCAUGGACAAGCCAGUGGUACUGAACGAUGAGGUCAUCUUCCCUCUGACCGUCUCAUUGGACAAACUCCACGUCAACACGCUCAAGGUCAAGAUCGUAGUGACAGUGUGGAAGCAGGAGAAGGAGAAGGCAGAGAUCAGGGAACAUGGUUACCUCACCAUCCUACAGCUGAGGAGUCCCACACACACCUUCAGACAGGACCUCAACACCUUUAAGGCCCAGGUCAGCACCACCCUGAGUGUUCUUCCUCCUCCGACUGUGAAAUGUCAACAGAUUACCGUCUCCGGGAAGCACCUGACCCUUCUCAAAGUAUUAAACUCCAGUUCCCAGGAGGAGGUGUGUGUUAGGAACGUGAGGGUUCUUCCUAACUUCAACGCGUCCUACCUCCCCAUGAUGCCUGAUGGCUCUGUACUCCUAGUGGACAAUGUCUGCCACCAAUCAGCGGAGGUUACCAUGGCAUCAUUCCACAGAAUGAACAGUAGCUCCUCCCACCUUCCCAGCAUGCUCUCUGCCCUGGAGGAGCAGAACUUCCUGUUUCAGCUGCAGCUCAGAGACCAGCCAGAGGAAGAGUCCAGCGAGGCUCUGGAGGUUCCAUUGGUGGCUGUGCUGCAAUGGUCUACCUCUAAGCUUCCAUUUACCAGGUACAUUUCGACCCACUACCAGCUACCCAGCGUGAGACUGGACCGCCCCCGUUUGGUGAUGACAGCUUCUUGUCAGAGUUCCGUGAGGCCGCUGGAGCACUUCCGGGUCAAAUACACCCUCCUCAACAACCUGCAGGACUUCCUGGCUGUACGCCUGGUCUGGACACCCGAAGGACGUGGUCGGCAGGAGGACCCGUCAGCCAGUUCUGUGGUGUGUCACUCCCCCCUCAACAACUUGGGACAGUGUCGGAAAGGAUCCACCCUCUCCUUCACAGUUGCCUUCCAGAUUCUCAAGGCAGGACUGUUUGAGUUAAGCCAGCACAUGAAGCUGAAGCUCCAGUUCACAGCGUCCUGUUCCAACCCCCCUGCUGAGGCCAGGCCCAUGUCUCUGUCCUUGUCCCGUCACAACUCUCCCUCCAGCCCUGCUGUUAGAGACCUGCUGGACAGACAGAGUCUGGGACGGUCACAGAGCUUCUCUCACCAACAAACCUCACGGUCACAUCUUAUGAGGACGGGCAGUGUUAUGGAGCGCCGGGCCAUCACUCCUCCAGUGGGAUCUCCAGUGGGUCGACCCCUCUACCUUCCCCCCGAAUGCCCCGUCCUCUCACUGGAUAAGAUCGCCAAGAGAGAGUGUAAGGUAUUGGUACUGGAACUUGGGAGAGGGAGGGAGGGUUGGAGGAAUGAGGUAGAGAGGAAAUAAGAGAUGUAACGGGAGAUUUAGAGGGGGGGGGGCAUUUCUCAUUGAGCAUUUCAUCCAACCUGAAACAAAACGCAAAAACUGUUUCACACAAAAAUACAGACCACAGUCACCACACUGAAUGUCUUACUCUACAUGAUCCACAUCAUUUCAAGACACCGGAGGAGUUACUUUCCACAUAAUUCUUUUUUCUUUUUUUUUACUAUUAUUUCAACAUUCUGUUUUAUUCCUUGUUUUAUGUCUUGGUGUGUAAUUAAAUAUAGAAGUAGAGAGAGAAGUGGUAGUAGAGAGAGAGAAAAGUAGUAGAGAGAGAGAAGUAGUAGAGAGAGAGAGAAAAGUAGUAGAGAGAGAGAAGUAGUAG